AUGACCCAUGAUAAAGAGAAUAGAAAGUCUCUCGCCCUGGUGCGCACCCAGACCAUGGAGCGAGCCCAGGGUAACGCAGCCCCCAUCGAGUUCCGCACACUCUCCAUCCACGUCACCGAGACCCACCGCUCUGGCAAGAACGGUGGCAUGCCCGCCUACGGCAAGGAAAGGGACGCCAAGCCCUCAAGGUUCUGGAAAAGCAAGAAGAAUGAGGAUGAGCUGGUGACCGAGACCGACUUUUUCUCUACCGCUGACUUUCACAAGCUGUCCGAGUCCGAGAUCAACCUGCGCUUCAAUUCCGAUCCCACAAGAGGCCUGACCCAACCCGAGGCCGGUCGACGACUCAAGGUCAAUGGCCUUAAUACCCUGGACUCGCCCAAACCAAACUACGUCAAGAUGAUCUUCGGCUACACCUUUGGCGGCUUCUGCUCCAUCCUAUGGGUCGGUGUCAUCACCUUCCUCAUCUGCUGGCAGCCUCCUCUCUCACCCACACCUAAUGUCACCAACCUCGCCCUCGCCAUCCUUGUUCUAUUUGUUAUUAUCCUUCAGGCCGGUUUCUCCGCCUUCCAAGAUUUUUCGACUGCCAAGGUCAUGUCGUCGAUCCUUGACAUGAUCCCUGCUGACUGCCAUGUCAUUCGCGAUGGUCAACUUGUCAAGAUCCCUGCCUCUGGUCUGGUCGUCGGUGACCGCGUCCACCUUUCGCUUGGUAACAAGGUCCCGGCCGAUCUCCGCCUCCUUCAGGCAUCCAGCGAUACCCGUUUUGACCGUGCUGUUCUCACUGGUGAGAGUGAGGCCAUUGAGGCUAGCACAACCGCGACGGACGACAACUUUUUGGAGUCCAAGAAUAUUGCGUUUAUGGGUACGCAUGUUGUCCAGGGGUCGUGUGUGGGUGUUGUCAUCCUGAAGGGCAACGACACGUUGAUGGGCCGCAUCAACAAGCUGACGACUGGCCGCAAGCCCAAGAAGACGAUCAUUCAAAGGGAGAUCACGCGGUUUAUCCAGAUUAUCAUCUCCUUGACGGUCGCACUCAUCCUGAUCAUCACCAUCGCCUGGCUGGCCUGGCUGCACCGCGUCUACCCCGACUUUAUGAACCUCGCCACUUUGCUUGUCACCCUCAUGGGCUGUGUCAUCGCUUUCAUCCCCGAAGGUGUGCCUAUCUGCAUCUCGCUGACAUUGCUCAUGAUUGCCCGCAGAAUGAGCGAGAACAACAUCCUGCCAAAGUCACUCAGCACAGUCGAGACCCUGGGUUGUGUCAACGUCAUUUGCUCCGACAAGACCGGUACACUCACCGAGAACAAGAUGCACAUCAGUAACGUCGCCUUCCUCGAUUACGAAUCCACUCCAUCCGAGGUCGCCGCCAACAUAGCCAAGGGUCUCCAGAACGUCAACCAAUUGCCCCAGCCCGGUGAUGACCACCUCUCCCUAUCACUCCGCCAACUCCAGCUUGCCACUCUGCUCUGCAACAAUGCCAAGUUUGACCCCGAGACAAUGAAGUUGCCUCUUGCCGAGCGCAGGGUCCUCGGUGAUGCUACGGACAGUGCUCUCUUGCGAUUCGCCCACCAGGUUUCCGAUACCAGUGCCCUCGCCCCCAGCUUUGAGCGCACCUUUGAGAUCCCCUUCAACUCUCGCAACAAAUGGAUGAUGACAGCCCACCAGGGCUCGCGCGCCAACCCUCAAGUGAUCAAGACCCUCUUUGGUUCCAACAUCAUGGACGCCAACAACACUGCCGCCAACGAAAAGGACGACAUGCUUGUCUUUGUCAAGGGUGCUCCUGAUAUCCUCUUGCCCUAUUGCAGCUCUUUCUGGUCAGCCACUACCAAAGAUGGACCCCAGCCUCUCACUCCUGAAUGGGCUGCUGAGCUCACUCGCAUUCAGCAGACAUGGUCUCGCGGUGGCAAGCGUGUCUUGAUGCUCUGCAAGGGUCGUUACAGUCCUUACUUGGCCCAGCACAACCUCUCCAUGGCUGGCUCAUCGACCUCGAACGCUAUUCAAGAAGAGUUGACUCGCCAGGGUCUCCAGGAGCUCUGUAUUCUCGGUCUCGUCGGUAUUAUGGAUCCUCCUCGCCCAGAGAUUAAGGACACCAUCCGUGCUUGCCGUGGUGCCGGUGCUCGCUUCUUCAUGGUCACCGGCGACUUUGGUCUGACUGCCACCGCCAUUGCAAAGCAAAUCGGCUUGUUUUCGACUGAGCGUGAGCCCCACACAUAUGAAAACAUCAUGGACCCCACCCUGAACGCAUCGAGCAAUGGAUACGAGAAGACACACUUUGACGAUGCCAGCAGUCUCCAGCAAGCCGAGGUCGGUCGCCCUCGCUUCCGUGAGGGUACCUCUCUUGUUCUCACUGGAUCAGAUCUUGCCAGGAUGAGUCCUGGCGAGUGGGACAUUGUAUGCGCCUACGAAGAAAUUGUCUUCGCUCGCACCUCGCCCGAACAAAAGCUGAGGAUUGUGACCGAGUUCCAGCAUCGCGAUGGAGUGGUUGCUGUCACGGGUGAUGGUGUUAACGAUGCCCCUGCUCUCAAGGCUGCCGAUGUUGGUGUUGCUAUUGUCUCUGGUUCGGAUGUCGCCAUCGAGGCUGCCGACUUGAUCUUGCUGGGUGGAUUUGAUGCGAUCCCUGAGGCAAUCCGUCUUGGUCGUCUUGCCUUCCAGAACUUGCAAAAGGUCAUUGGCUACUUGCUACCUGCUGGAUCCUGGUCUGAGGUCUGGCCUGUCCUGAUCAAUGUCUUCCUCGGUGCCCCCUUGAGUCUCUCGUCCUUCCUGAUGGUCAUCGUCUGCUGCUUCACUGAUGCCUUCCCUUGCACUGCGUUGGUCAUGGAACAAGAAGAAUUCGACCUCCUCUCCCUCAAGCCCCGUAACUCGAAGAAGGAACAUUUGAUCACCCUCAAGAUCUACGCACAGUCAUACUUCUUCAUUGGCAGCACUAUGACCUUCUUCUGCAACAUGUUUUUCUUCCUCUAUCUAAAGGAAUUCACCGGCGUCGGAUUCUCAGACCUGGUCUUCACUUUCGGGAACUUGCCCGAGGAGAAACUCGCCGCCCGGGGGAUCUCAUUGGAAAAGUUCAACGGAUACUAUGUCAACACUGCCCAGUGUGUCUGCUUCGUUACACUUGUGAUCCUGCAGUGGGGCAACAUUCUCUCGGUCCGCAAUCGUCGCAUGUCGAUCCUCCAGGCUGACCCCUUCCGUAAGCAGCGUCGCAACCUCUGGCUCUUCUUGGGUAUCCUCGCCUCGUUCCUGGUCGCCGUCCUUGUCACAGAGACGCCCGGUAUUCAGGAGAUCAUGUUGACCAACUCUGUCCCGAUCAAGUACUGGUUGCUGCCCUUGCCCUGCGCACUGUUUAUUAUUAUCGCGGAUGAUAUGCGCAAGCUCAUUGUUAGGGUUUUCCCUAAAAGCUUCCUUGCUAGGAUAGCCUGGUGA